AUGGAGGAGCACAACAAGGAGCUGGAGGAAACUAUGGAAGAGACACGGCUGAGCGACAUAAAAAUGAAACUUGAAAAUGUGACGAAGCUAGAAAAUGAAAUCAAAGCUCUGGACAGCUUGAGGAAACAGAUGGAGGAGCACAACAAGGAGCUGGAGGAAACUAUGGAAGAGGUGUUUCAGGAUUCAGAUGAGCAGCUACAGCAUACUUACGAGAACCACCAGAGGACAGUGAGGGAGAAAGAGCAGAAGCUGCAACAGCACCAGGAGGAGCUGCAGACCUUUGACCAAGAAUACCAGAGAUUGACCAGAGAAACGAAUGAUCUGCUGGUAGAAAAAGGUCGUCUACAACAUGAAGCUGAACGUCACACUAAGAACACUGAGGACCGCGACAGCCUGGUCCACUCUUUGUCAUCCUGUCUGGAGAUGGAGGGUUAUGACCAGCUGCCCUUUGCUGUUUCUCAACUCGAGAGCUUUUACCAUCAAGUCACACAAAGGCUGGAGGAGGAAAAGGAGAGAGUCAGUCAGCUCUUGGCAGAGCUGCAGAAACUGGAGCAGCAGAAGCAGCAGUCUGUUGAUGAAAUGAGGGACAGGAAGACGUACAUGGAGAGAACGGUAGAGAUGAAAAGAGACGAGCAGCAAAAGAAGCAGCAAGAGCUGAAAAACAUCACAGAAGAGCUGCAACGACUGCAGGAUUCAUGUAGUCGACUGCAAGAGCUGGAAAAUAAACUGGCUGAAGUGGAGCGUGAGGAUGCAGUUCAGAGCUCCAGCGUGGAGGAGCUGAAGGCCGAGGUCGAGGAGCUCCAGGAAGAAAAGGCUGAACUCGACUGCACACAGAGACAGCUCGACGAAGAGAUGGAGACACUCAACAUGCACACAGCUGCACUCACACAGAUGGACAUACUGAAAAAGGGCAAAGCCGAGAUGGAGGAGCAGAUUCUUCAGAUCCGGUCUCGUCACUGUGAGGAUCUGGUGUCUCUAUUGGGCCACUUUCCAAACAAGAAAGAGCUGGAGGACUGGGUCUCUUCCAAGUCAAAGGAAAUCAGCAGUACCGGGGACAGACUUACAAAGCUCAAAAUGGACUUGGCAUCAAAUGAGCAGAAUAAAAGCCACAUUACUGCUGAGCUGCUGAAGAAGGAGCUGCAGUUAGCUACAGAUGAAGAGAAGUUCUUGAAUGUUUGCAGCAGUCGAGAUCUGGAGCAGGACCUGAGCAACCUGCAGAGAGAGCUGGACGAGAUAUUCAAGACAAAAGCUCUACUAGCUGGAACUAAAGUGGUGUACACCCAGUUCAUCAGCAAGCUGAGCGAGCACAGGGAGCCCUGCUGCCCCGUGUGCCGACGAUCGUUUCCCUCAGAGUCUGAGGUGCAGGAAGUUGUCAGAGUCUUGCAGUCUAAACUACACCUGGUGCCAGAGAAACUGAAGAUCACUGAGCAGGAUCUGGAGACUUACAGCACAAUUGUGCGUAAACAUAAACAGAUCCAGGACCAGCAGGAGCAGAUUCAGAGGCUGAAAAGUGCAGCGAUAGAGAUGAGAGACGAGCAGCUUCAGCUGAUCAGAGACAAACAGAAGCAGCAGCACCUGAAGGAGCUGAGUGCAGGGAUCACUGCUAGGAUGGAGGGCUUAACCACAGAGAUCAGGGAGGGAAAUGAAGAACUGUGCCCUUUAUCAGCUGCUCUGGAGAAGCUGCAGCAGGAAAAGCAAAAUCUGGUGGAGCAGAAGAAGCAGAGAGAGGAAGAAGAGCAGAAGGAGAUUCGUAACACUGAGGAGAGACUGAAGGAAAUCACUGCUUUGCAAAGAGACGUCACUAAAUAUGUUGAUGAGGGAAGAGACAAAUACAAAGAGGACAAAGAGUCAGAGUAUCGAGCAGCAAUGACUCAGCUCCAAGAGGCUGAGAGGAAUAAAGAGAGGCUCAGCACAGAGAUGGGAAACAUCCAGCAGGACAUAGACACUCAAAAGGUCAAAGAGCGCUGCUUAUGGGACAACCUGACCUUGAGAAAGCACGUUAAUAAGCUGAAGAACAUGGCGGCCAAACGUGCGGCUCUGCAGGAAGAACUGAGCUACAUGCAAGUCUCGCUGCUUCAGCGACAACAUGAGGAAGAGGAAAGCAAGCUGGCCGAACUGAAGAGCGAGCGCAGUCAGGAGCAGGGCGCACAGAAACCCCUGGAGGAGCAGAUACUGGAAUACAGCAAACAGCUGGAGGAAGAUCAGUACGGCAAAGCCGAGGAGCUCCACAGAAACAAGAUGAUUGAGAUGAGAACCACACAGGUGCUCAGCAGAGACCUGAAACUCUACGAAGAGGCUCUAGAUCAAGCCAUCGUGAAGUUUCACAGCAUGAAGAUGGAUGAGAUCAACCAGAACAUCAGAGACCUGUGGCGCAGCACCUACAGGGGUCAAGAUAUCGAGUACAUCGAGAUCAGGUCUGAGGUGGAGGAGAGGUCGGAGAGGCGGAGGAGCUACAACUACAGAGUAGUGAUGAUGAGAGGAGACGCAGACGUGAAUAUGAGAGGGCGCUGCAGUGCCGGUCAGAAGGUGCUGGCAUCCCUGAUCAUCCGGCUCGCUCUUGCAGAGGCCUUCUGUCUUGACUGUGGAAUCCUGGCCCUGGAUGAGCCCACCACCAACCUGGACCGGGAGAACAUCGAGUCCCUGGCAGACGCUCUCGUAGAGAUCAUCAGGACUCGCUCUCAGCAGCGUCACUUCCAGCUGCUGGUCAUCACUCAUGACGAGGACUUUGUGCAGCUGCUGGUUCGGUCCGGGUGCAUCCAGCACUUCUACCGCAUCAGCAAGAACCAGGACCAGAACUCAGAGAUCACAAAGCAGAGCACAGCCUUCCUCUCUGUGUGA